AUGAACUCCAGCGAUACCACAGGAAAUACCUACCAGCUUUACCAGUAUACUCCUAAUAUUGGAGCAGCAGUGUUUUUCGCAGUUGUUUUUAUAUUUGCUACUGCUGUUCUAAUUGUUGAAAUUUGCAUAUCAAGCAAAAAGGUGAAAACAGUCAUGAGGUCGUUCCAGUCCGAUGAUGAGGAAGCCAAUGCUGGUACAUAUAGAUUCGGCGUUCUUCCUCCUAAAAAGAUUAGCGCGAAAUACAUUUGUCUGAUUAUUGGCUGUGUACUAGAAGCAAUUGGCUACAUUGGCCGGGCAGUUUCAGCUAGAAAUUUAGAUAGCUUGGGGCCAUUCAUAAUCCAGUCUGUUCUUUUAUUGGUUUCCCCAGCUUUGAUGGCUGCCUCAAUUUACAUGAUUUUUGGGCGUAUUUUAGUCCUCACAGACGCUACUGCAGCAUCUAUUGUCCCUGCGCGCUACAGCACAACAAUUUUUGUUUGUGGCGACAUACUCAGUUUUUUGAUGCAGGCUAGUGGAGGUGGUUUGGAGGCCAGUGAAAGUAGCCGGGAUAUGGGUGAGAAAAUAAUUGUGGGUGGUUUGAUUAUCCAAAUUAUUUUUUUUGGCCUUUUCCUUGUGACAGAAAUUAGAUACAUUUAUGUUAUGUCAAGGAGAGUAAGCAUGGGCAAACGCUUCAAGUGUGCGAACUUGGUUCUUCUUACAGCUAGUAUUUUGAUAAUGAUCCGUUCCAUUGUUAGGACCAUUGAAUUUGCUCAAGGCUACGAUGGAUAUCUGAUUUCCCACGAAUGGACCAUUUUUGUUUUCGACGCAAUUCCAAUGUCGUUCGUCGCAGUAUUGUUCCUUGCAACAUUGCCACAUUCGGGCUUGUUUCGUUUGGAGAUCAAAAAGGCUGGAAGGUUUUUGGUCAAAGAACUGGAUCCCAUGGAUUGUCCAGCGAAAUAUUAA